GGGAGGAAAAAAAUACUAAUCAAAUCAAAUACUACAAUGAAGCUUCGAAAUGGCUGUAUUAAAAAUUUAAAAGGCUCCACCACUGGCUGAUCAAAAAAAAAAAAGGCUCCACCACUGAAGAAGAUUCAUAGUAGACUCCAAUAGAAUCGAACCCACGUUCUCUUUCCACUUUUUCAAGAAUCAUAUCGCAUAGUAUAAAUUCAUCAACAAUCAACGACCCAACCACUCUGGUUUAUCGGGAAAACUGAGAGAUGUCUGAUUCAACGAUGGAGAAAAUGUUGGGUCUCCUCAGGAUCCGCAUUCACAGGGGCAUCAAUCUCGCCAUUAGAGAUGUCCAUUUGAGAAGCAGUGAUCCCUACGUUGUUGUACGGAUGGGCAAACAGAAACUGAAGACUCGAGUAGUGAAGAAAAAUGUGAAUCCAGAGUGGAACGAAGAUUUGACACUUUCUAUUGCAGAUCCAAAUACCCCAAUCAAGCUUAUGGUCUUCGAUAGGGAUACAUUCACAUUUGACGACAAAAUGGGAGAUGCUGAGUUUGAUAUCAAACCGUUCAUAGAAGCUGUAAAAAUGCGGUUGGAGGGUCUCCCAGACGGAACCAUUAUCACAAGAGUAAAACCGAGCCGCCAAAACUGCUUGUCUGAAGAGAGCAACAUCAUAUGGAUCAAUGGAAAGACGGUCCAAAAAAUGUUCCUCAGAUUGCGAAAUGUGGAACGCGGUGAGCUGGAGUUGCAGUUGCAGUGGAUUGAUAUUCCUGGUUCGAGGGGUUUGUAAAAUAGAACCGGAUUAGGGAUAUCCCGAUUCGUUGCUCUAUAUCGAGACAUGUAAAUGAGUGAGAUUUUUGUACAAAUUUUUGGAUUUACCUACUUCUUUCGACUUUCCCUUGGUAAUGAACUCGGUGGCAUUUAGGCUUUUUGUCUAUCAA